AUGAUGAUGCAGCAUGUACUACAAGGUCAACAGAUGCAAGGCAAGGCGUUGAAUCAGGUCACCACUGACAUCAACACUAGAAUGAACCACAUGUUCAAUGACCUGAGCACAAAGUACGACAACGUUGCCAGCCACAUGUUACAUAUGGAUAUUCAGAUAGCUCAAACCGCUGGAAGUGUAACGAGGCAGCAAGGUACACUUCCUGGAAAAACAGACAAAAAUCCAAAAGAGUGCAAUGCAGUUGGGCUGAGAAGUGGAAAGCAACUGUCCGAUCUAGCACCGAGGAAAUUCACAGCGGCCGAGAAAGGGAAGCAUAAGGAGUCAGAACAGCCACCCUCGGAUGCUCCAACAGCUGAAAACGAGGAGGAACAACCGGUUGAGACUAAUCCAUCUGAAACCAAGCGGCCAGCUGAAGCUGUUCGCCCAUCCCCAGAACCUGUUCCUGGUCGCGAAUACGUUCCCAAGGUUCCAUAUCUUGUUCCAGCGAAAGCUACUCGUAAGGAUCGAGAGGAGAUGAAAUGCAGAAAAAUGCUGGAAGACUUGACCGUCAGACUUCCUUUAAUGGAUGCGAUCCAAAUGAUGCCUUCCAUGCGAAGCUUUAUGAAGGGUUUAAUCUCCGGGAAGAUAUCCGAAGAUAGUGAAUUCAUGAUUGUCUCAAAGGAGUGCAGUGCCGUACUUCUGAACAAGCCGAUAAAGAAGCAGGGAGAUCCUGGCAAGUUUGUUCUCUCCAUCCAGAUAAGGAAGUCAGUUUUCUCCUGCUCCCUAGUUGAUCUGGGAUCCAGCGUAAACCUCAUGCCUUAUUCAGUGGCAAGAAGUCUGGGAUUCACGCAUUUCAAACCAACCAGGAUGUCCUUAGUGUUCGCAGACAGGUCAGUCAACUUUCCAGUCGGUAUCCUCGAAGAUCUCCAAGUAAGAGUUGGGAACACCACUAUUCCUGCAGAUUUUAUCGUUCUGGAGCUUGAGGAGGAAUCCAAGGAUCCUCUCAUCAUAGGAAGACCAUUCUUGUGCCCUGUUGGCGCUAUAAUUGAUGUGCGGAAAGGAAACAUGGAUCUCCUCCUGGGAGACAUCGUGAUGCAGUUCGAAAUGAAUGCAUUGAUUAAGAAACCAAUGCUGGAUGGACAAACCUUUGAGGUGGAUGAAGGGAUUGAUCCGCUAGAACACCAUGAAGGAAUGAUUGAGAUGAUCCUUACAGAUGAUCCGCUCGAACUCGCACUGAUAAGAGCAGAGGCUGAGCAGAACGUCGAGAACAUUGAUGCUGAUGGGUAUACCAAGAUGCUCGACUCCGCAAGAAGUAUGGAGCGGAUGGUAGCAUGUCUAAGUCUGGAGGAGGCAAACGAUAAAAACCAGAACAAUCCAACAGGAACAACCUCCCCAGUGAACUCGACUGAUUCGUCAAGACAGACCGACGAUCCUUGGAGCGAGCUGAAGGCUCCGAAGGUUGAGCUCAAAUCCCUUCCCAAGGGACUCAGGUAUGCAUUCUUGGGCCCGAAUUCCACAUAUCCUGUCAUUGUGAACUCUGAACUUAAUAAUAUGGAAACUGCAUUGCUUUUAUGUGAGCUUAGAAAAUAUCGUAAGGGAUUAGGAUAUUCACUAGCUGACAUACCUGGUAUUUCACCAGAUUUAUGCAUGCAUAGGAUACACCUAGAAGAUGAAUCGAUGACUUAUGUGGAACAUCAGAGGAGGUUAAACCUGAAUCUAAAAGAUGUUGUAAACAAAGAGAUAAUGAAACUUCUAGAAGCUGGUGUAAUUUAUGAUAUAUCUGAUAGUAAGUGGGUUAGCCCUGUUCAUGUAGUACCUAAGAAGGGUGUGAUUACUGUCAUCACUAAUGAAAAGAAUGAACUGAUUCCUACUAGAACAGUAACAGGACAUCGCAUGUGCAUUGAUUUCAGAAAAUUGAAUGCAGCUACUCGAAAGGAUCACUUCCCACUUCCUUUUAUUGACCAAAUGCUUGAGAGAUUAGCUAACCACCCAUACUACUGCUUUUUAGAUGGUUAUUCAGGUUUCUUUCCAUCCAGACGAUCAUGA